AUGAACACGAUGUCAGGAAUGACCGAUAUUGAUGACCCCAACCACCUGGUGCCCUCGUUUCUUCCAGCGGGAAAUGUGCUCGGCUACAACCUCACCACCGCCAUCAAUCCAAUCACGAAACGCAAGGAAUUCACGUAUACCGUAAGCGUGCAGACAGUCGGUGCCUUCGGAAUAUCCGACACCUCUUCUGAAGGUGUCACGACGAAAUGCGAUGGACCGUGUGGCGCCAUGUUCCCGCCGGGACUGUUGAUUACGAUGGGAAAGUGUGAUCAUUUAUUGUGCAAGGCGUGCUUUGGCAUUGUUAAGAAUCCGGAUGGUUCGUACGGUUGCUCGAACUUCCAAUGCUGGUCGGAACCGUCGGCAAGUCUUCAAAAAGAGGAGUCGAAUUACAAGAAAGUGAUCAAUAAACAGAAGUAUCGGGCUCGCAAAAUCAAGAAGACUGAUGUGAUGUGA